GUUUUCUAAUAAAAAUUUUACACUAAACAAAUUACUGCCAUGAUAUAGGCAUAUUUCAGUAGUAAACCAUUGUUAAAGGAGAGUGUCCAACCAUAACUUCUACAAAUCUUUAUUCACAACAAAACAAGUUGCCCCUUAGCAUUGUUUUAAAUUAUUCAAAUACAACAACGACCAAUAACUGAUGUAUCCUAAAUAAUAGUACAAUGGAGGCCACCGAAGACGAGGCGACAGGCGACUAUCUCGACUGGAAAUCCUAUCCACCACCCAUUGAAAAUGGAAAACGCAAAGUACAAUGGAAUCUUGAACGCGGCAAAAUCCUUGAUGGUCUGAAUAAUCCGCAAUUAGGUCAGUUGCCAGGCCUUUAUCAGGGUGAUUUGGAGUUGUGCAAUAACACCAUACCUGAGGAAGAAUCAAAAACUUCACUGAAAGUUUACAGUAAGGUACGGGAGAAGAAGUUUGAGACCUUUGGUUUGCCAGAUGACCCAAUAGACAUACAGGUUCAUUGCAUUAAAGAACUGAAAAUUAAUGGAGACCUGGAUCUAAAUGAAAUCAAUGUAAAACCAGUGUUCUUGGAUAUGGCUUUGAAUGCAAAGCCAUGGAAAAGUAAUUGGGACUUCAGCCUGGGCUCAGAUUUUUUGCCCAUGUGUGAGGAAGUACGGUUUAAAGCAGAAAGGGAGGUGGUUGAGAAAAAGAUUAGAACCCGGUCAUCAGUUAGAUCUGAUUCUUCGAGUGUGAGCAGUUUAUCUGAAGGGGUAAGUCACUUUUAUACAUCCACUCCAUUAAAGGUGAAAGCUGCUCAGUCUAAGAAUGCAUUCAGAAAAGGUACCAAACCAGUUUUAGUAUUAGAACCACAAAAUGAUGUUAACAAAGCUAAGACUGAUAGUAAGGCCAUCAUUGAAGAUGACACCCAAAGUACUCUUGAAACAGAGAAUGAAAAUUCUAGUACUAAUAGUGAUUCAUCUCAUAUAAAUACUAAUCAAAAUCUCUCUGAAGAUAGUUUAUUACAUGUAAAUAAAUCCAAAGAUGCAAUUAAAGAUCAGUUACCAAUAAAAAAACAAAGUUCUUCAACUAGCAGCAAAACAAAUUCAAAUACAAGUAAAGAAGGAAUAGCUGAUCUGAAAUUAUUAAGUAUUACUGACAUUAACACUGCCAAUAUAUCAACUGAGAAUUGUCCAGUUGUGUCUGCUAAGACCACACAAGCAAAUAAUGUUGAUAUUAACACUUCCACCAAAUAUUUUGAAAUAAAAGACAAUAAACUGCCAAAGGACUUUGAAAAUAUAAACCAAAGAUCAUCACAAAAGAAACUCAAAAAACAACAAAGUAAAUCUGAUAUUCAUACACAAGAAACUGAUACAACAAAACAACUACUACUCUCUUACAACACCAGUAAUUCUCAUUCUAACUCCAAGCAAAGAAUUACAUCUCCAGUUGUUCAGUCACAAUCCCAUUAUAUUCAAGAAAUUGCCAAUGAUUUGUUAAUGGAUGCUAGUUCAUUUAAAUCUGAACAUACUGAUGAGGAUGUCAUCAGGAUUGAGGAUGAAGAUGUUGUUUAUACCUUUAAGUGUUCCCAAAGUUCUUUUAGUAGUAACACUAGCAUUAAUCAUUCAACAGGAAUUGAAGGAAACUAUAGUGUCACAUAUCUUUCAAAUCUGGAUGGCGUUAAAGCAAAAACAAUGUCGAAAUCCAAGGAAGGAGCAACAAACACUGUUGAAACUGAAAACAAAAAACUGUUAGAUUUACCAGAAGAGAAAAAAACUACUUUGAUAAGUAGAAGUACUGAUUCAAGGAAUCUGGUAUCUAAAGAGAAAACUUUGAAAGAGGUGCCAAGUCCUGUUAAGAAAAAUAAUCAGUCAAAUACUCUUGAGAAAUCUGUAGACUUAAAAUCUUUUGCUGCCUCUACCUCAUCCACAUGCAAUUCAAGCAAUGAUGUUACUGCCUCAAAUAGUGAAGACAUAAAUUUAAGUUCACCUGAAGGAAUAACCACUAGUCCAAGAAAACACAGAUCGCAUUCGUUCUUUGGUGUCAGCCCAACAAAACGAGUUUCUAUGCAACGUUGCGUUUCAUUGCCGGGCACUAUUGUUCCCAAUGAGCGGUUCAUGCUACAGUGCGAUGAGAUUUUUAUGCUCCUCAGAAAUUACCAAUGCAAUGAAGAGGACAAGCAAGCAAUCAUUGACGGGAUAAUCAAAGACGAAAAGGUCAACCACAUCAAACAACGUUUGAGGUCGAAGAAGUCCGUGUCACAAACAGUUGAGGGUGUGCAUAAAACUGGGCAAUCUUCUGAGGCAAUUGCGAGGGAUGAGAAGAUGUUGGCCAAAACUAUGGGUUGUAAGGAAUGUAAGCGUCCUAAUCGAAAGCCCAAAAGUGCCCGCACAAAGCGAAUAGAGAGAAGGAAAAGGUUAAAUAAUUUUGUUGUAGAAAAGAAGAAAAGGUAUUGGUCAGAUGACACAAGUUUCGAGCCAGAGAAUUCAAGCACCAACGAAAAAUCCACCGACAAUAUUAUGAUGAAUGAUAAAAUAUUAUCUAGGUCAUCAUCUAGGUCUUUAAGGAACCACAAGUUAGCUGCGUCCAAUAAUAAGACUGAAGUAAUUAUUGGUAUGAACUUGGAUGAAAAACUAUUACCUCCACAACCGCAAACAUCUAACGAAUAUAAAAUUCUGAAAGAAGAAACGUCCAUGAAAAAAAACAUGAGGUCGACCAGGUCGGGGAAGCCUUUGCAAGCAUUGGAUAUCCAAGAAAAUUUUACGGAUGUUGAAGAAAAAAAAUCUAAGCAAAUAAUUAAUGUGGAAACUACUACUGUAAAAUUGAAUAAUUCAUCUGACCUUCAAACAGAUGAUCCUGAAUCAUUACAGUUUACUAAAAACAAUUUUGUUCCCAGGAAGGAUGAGAAUAAAUCGUCAGAAAUAAGCAAUGAAGAAAACGAAUUACCAAAAGAAAUUAUGGACAACUCAGUUAGAAGGAGGAAAUCAUUAAGGUUGGUCAAAACAUUAGAAUCGCCGACUCCUUUGGAAACAAAGAAAGAUAUAAAAAUUAAUUUACCAAAGGACAUAAACUUACUACAAAAAUUAAUUGCGGAUCAAAUAUCUCUUGAGUCAAAUCAUGAAAAAGACAGUAUUAAGGGAGUCACUACUCUUGUACCACACCAAAGUCUUCCAGAAAAUGAACAAGGUAGUUUAACAAAGGUCCGGCGGUCACUAAGGCUGCAAGAUUCUGCUGUUCCGAAAAAGGAUUUAGUUCAGAAUGAAAAUGAAACAAAUGACUCUAUAAUUGAUUUAGAUGUACAAAAAGCCCAGAAAAGUCCAACGCCAGUUAAGAAGUUCCAGGAUUUAAAGAAUGACGAAAAUGUAAUGGAAAUUAACACAAAUGACGUUGCAAUUAAUUCAAUUAAGCAAAAAACGAAGAAAAGUUCAUCGCAGGUUAAAAAUAGAAGAUCACCAAGACUUUCUCAGGUGGAAGUAGUAAAUCAAUCUACUGAAACUGAAAUUGACAAUAAAAUCAGUAAUGAUGACAUUGAUGUAAGUGUUACUCAGACAGAAUCUCAACUUUUCAAGGAGCCUGAAGUUAAAGAACAAAUACAAAAGGGAAGUUUCAAGGAUACAGAGUUAGGAUUUGAAAAUGUUAAAAAUGAGGUCAUUACUGAUACAGAUUUUCAACGUGGCGAGAAAAGUCCUUCAAUAGUCAAAUAUAGAAGAUCUCCAAGGUUUGAAUUGGUCAAUAAAUUGAAUGAAUGUAGUCCUGAAAUCUAUGAAUAUAUAAAUAAUGGUAAAAGUAUUCAUAUUAGUGAUAAUGAAAAAGAUAUAAAAAUAAAAAAUAACAAUGAACUUGAUAGUUACACAGAUUUAGAUAAUUCUUCUAAAGUAAAAAUAGAAGACAAGAAUAAAGUUCAGAAAGUAAAUAAUGAAGACUCCAAUAAUCUGAUUGAGGCAAGUUGUCAAGACACUGAAAAAUUCCCUUUUGAACGUAUAAAUCAAUUACCAGAAACCACUGAGCCACAUACAGAUGUUGAAGUCAUUGAAACGAGUCCAGUCAAAGCCGUAAAUAGAUCAACCAGAAAGUUAACGUUGGAUGAAUCAAACAAUGUAGAGUUUUGUGAUACCAAAAAUUCCGGAAAUAAAAUUGAAGCAAAAGAUGUAACUCAUGAAUCUAGUUCUAAUGAAGUGAAAAUUCGGCGAUCAUCACGUCUUACGAAGGAGCUUCAGGCUGUUGUUGAUCCAGAUUUGAAUAACACAGGCAAACAUCUAUCAAAAGCCCUUAGUGGAAAUUUACUAAAUAAUUCUAAGUUGGAUGUUGCCGUACAAAUUAGCGAAAUAACUAAUUAUACGAAAGCAAAUGAUAAAGAUUUCCAAAAGACGGAAAAAAUUCCACCAGAUUUAGUAAGUAAAAUAUCGUCAAAUUGUGAUUCUAAAGCUGAAACAAACAUCAUUGAAUCAAUUACUGACACAGAAAGUCCAACUCAAUUCAAAAGCAAUUUGCUCAGAAAUUCUGAGUCAGAUUUUAUAUAUAAAAUCGAUAAAGUAACAAGUUUUUCUCAGGAGUAUGAAAUUAAAAAGGAGUGCCUGGAUGAACUGGAUGAUGAAGAAAUCGAAAUGGAGGACGUACAGGAUAGAUGUGGCUUCGAAACUUACGUUGAAAGUUACAGAAAGAGUCCACCACUAACUAAAAUUGGAAAGUUACUUUCUCAUUUAAAAAUGGAACAAAAAGUUAACGUCAUUGGUAAAAACGUUUCCGAUGUUCAUGAAGAUGAAAUAAAUAAAUCUACUGAACAAACUAACUCAACUACCCUGGAAAUUUUGCCUGCAUCCAGCCACGAUGAAGAAGUAACAGUCGUAAGUGAGAAGGUUAAAGUUACAACUGUUUCAACUAUCAAAAAGGAAAAAGGAAUUGGGGAAACAAGUCUGUACGAAGUGGGACCGAAUAACGAAUUUUUUGCUGAACCACAUCUCCAAAACAUUCCAUCAAAUAUAAUAACACCAAAUUCUGAAUCAGAAGUUGUUGAUAAAAGGAACAUCAUUGGAUCUUUUAGUGAUAACUACGAUAUGAAAAUUAAAUUGGGCACAACUCUUGUAGAAUGUAAUACUAUUGGAAUGGAAUCUCCAACCCUUCUUGAAUAUGCUGAGGCCAAAACUCUUGUAAGGACCAAUUCUGAAGCAGAUAUUGAUAAAAGAAUCACCGAGUGUUUUAAACAAACCUCCAACAAAGUAAAUCAUGCACCUGAUGUACAACUUCACUCGCCUGAAGAAAAAAGUCAACACAUAGAAGUAAAGAAUUUCAAAGAUGAACCUAGUAGCAUGAUGGAAGAUAAUUCCGAUGACUCUGAAACGUUAAAACAAAUUAAACGACGAUCAUUAAGACUUCAAGCAUUGGAGGAAAAUAAAAGCACUGUUCAGACCGAGACAAACAGCCCAAAAAGAUCCCCAAGGAAGUCGACGAGUGAUGCAAUUUCAUCCACUAAUAAUAAUGACGUAGCAAUUGUUGAGGUGGCAAUUGCGUCACCCGUGCUUAUAAACGAUGAAGACAAUUUCGAGGAGCAUUUAUCAGAUGAUGACUUACCUUUAGGUUUUCACUUGAAAAAUGUGCUAUUAUCCAAAAAUAAUGCUCCCAUCUCCCUUACUAAAGAGGGGGACACUGAUUAUGAAGAGGAUGAUACCAAACCAUUGAGUGAAUUACUUCAUCAAACUGGUAGCUCUUCGUCAAUAGCGGAUAACAAGAUAAAGCAUGAAUCAAACAAUGAUAAGUCAACAGAUAAUAAGACAAUUAAGAUAGAAGUAAAACAUGAGAGUGAAGAAGGAUUAUACAAUAAUAAGAGGUUUCAUCCAAAGAGUUUAUUAAACCCCAGUGUUUUCCAUCCUGGCGAUUUAGUUUGGUCUAGGAUUGGAAAGUAUUCAUAUUGGCCCAGCAUUAUCAUUGAGGAACCAGAAACAAAGUUAUAUCAUAAACGCAUCGGAGUAAAAUCCAGUAAUAUGACGUAUCAUGUGCGAUUCUUUGCGGACCAAGGCAGAAGAGCUUGGGUUAAAGACACAAAUCUGCUCUCUUACUCAAGUCCACAUGACUUGGAUGAUCUCAUUGAUAUGCUUAAAGAUAAUAAAGAGUUUUCAACAAUUUUUGAAGCUUGUAAAGUCAAACCUACAUGGAGGAGCCGUUGGGUACUCGGUGUGGAAGAAGCUGAAAAUAUCAAAAAUAAAACUUACGCUGAAAAGGAGGCCUUCUUUCUGGAGAUAUUAGCAAAAGGUAAUAAGAAGGAGCAAAAGACCAAAGUCGCCGCGAUCAAGGUCGAAGAUGAUGACAGCGUGAAGAGUGCAUCUUCUAGUCAAAAGUACACCAAGCGCAAACGCUCAAUAAUAAAUGUCAAGGAGGAACCAGACAAGGAACAAUCCAGUGAGGCCUCUCCGAGACUGCGCAAGCGCAAAAAGGCAUCGGACGAUGAGAGUUCAGAAACCGGUUCCAAAGCCAGCGAUGAAAGCAACAUGGCAGCUCAAAAGGCGCACUUUAACAAAAACAAGCUCUUCAGGGGUGUGACCAAAGACCGGGCUUGUCAGUUUUGUUACAAGUUCGGCAGUGACGUAAACAGGUGCAAGGGUAAAUGUUGGGCAAAUUAUCACUAUUCAUGUACUAUGCAAUUUCUGGAUGGAACGCUUCGAAUUGAAGAGGUGCAUGGUCUUGAAAUUGGGACGUCCAGGAGGAUCUUUGAUAAUGUUAAGUACGAGGAGGGACAUCAGUCCGUAACCGAGACCAAAGACGUCAAGAAUAUGGAGCAAUCUCCGAAAAUUGAGCAGGUUGAAUCAGGUCACACUCGGUCACGUUCAAAAGUUAAGAAAAUAAAUGGAACGUCAGUAGGUAAUGUACAGAUUGUCACCGUUGUUUCUAAGAAAAAUCAAGCAUCGCCGGUUAAAGUUUUCCCACCGAACUUCAGCCAAAUGACACUCUCCGAACAAAUUGACUACAAAAUGAAGGAAAUCAUGAAGAAAUUUGACAACGGGGAUACUCAAUAUUUCGAAUCUACGGAUUCUAGUUGUGACGAAGCUCCUAAGGAUUUAAACGUUGUUAAAUCUAGGUUCGUGUAUUCUAAGCAGGACGAUGCAACUGAUGAGCAAUCGGAAUUGUCUAGGGCGACGGAAGUUAAUGAAGAAUCUAACGAGAAAAAAGAAUUACAAAAACUCAACAACUUUUUGGGUUUUCACAACAAUGAAUGUGAGCUAGUUCACAAUGGAGACUGCAUUUUAACUGAGGCAACUGAUGAGACGGAGAAACAUGAAGUUAAUUCCUCGGAAGAGAAAAAAGGAAUAACAGAAAGUCAAGAUUACAUUGAAUCAGAAACUACACAGAAUGAAGAUGAUAAAGAGGUGGAAAAAUCUAAACCUGAACGAACGAGAGGUCGUUCGAAAAAAAGGAAGGACGGGAAACAAAAAUCUAAAAAAUUAGGUUCAGAUGAAGUACGAAAAAAAAUUCAGCACGUGACUGCGGACACCGAAAUUUUCCAAGAGGAAGUUGCGACAAAUGUGGAAGUCAAAAACUACAAGUGUGGCUUCUGCACAACGAAUACGGAUCCGUAUUGCUCGGCCUGCAUGAAUUUCGAAUCUCCCACCGGAUGCGCCGUUCGUCAGAAGUGCAGCGUUAACUAUUGUGGCAAGUACUACCACCUGGAGUGCCUGAAACUGUGGCCGCAAGUGUCGUGGCAUCUCAGCCAAACGGUCCAGAACAACGACUACGUGGACCAGUUCGUGUGUCCGGCCCAUUCGUGCCACACGUGCGUUUCCGACGAUCCGAGGACGUCCAGCGACCGUCGCAGCCCCGCCGACAAGCUGGCCCGUUGCAUGAGGUGUCCCGCGGCCUAUCAUCAGACGGCGAUUUGUGUGCCGGCCGGCAGCGAAAUAAUCUCAUUCACGCAACUCGUGUGUCCCAGACAUCCACGAGGUAACAAGAAACCGCCAGUGUCGAACACUAAUUGGUGUUUCAUUUGUUCGAGAGGGGGCAAUUUGGUGUGUUGUGAGACAUGCCCAGUCAGCACACACGCUUCUUGCGUAAAGAAAACCAUAGCACCAGAAGAGAAGUUCAUAUGCGACGACUGCGAGUCCGGUCGUUUCCCACUGUACGACGAAGUCGUGUGGUGCAAACUGGGCAACUAUAGGUGGUGGCCCGGCAUCGUGCUCUAUCCCAACGAAAUUCCCGAUAAUAUACUGAAAAUUCCGCACAAUCGUGGGGAGUUCGUGGUAAUGUUUUACGGCACGUACGACCACUACUGGUUUUCGAAGGGCAGGACGUUUCUGUUCACUAAAGGGGACAAGGGUGGUAAUAAAAAUCAAAAACACAACUAUGAACAGCGAUUUAGGACGGCCAUUGCGGAAGCGACGGCUGCAUAUGAUGUAAAAAAAGAGUUUUAUGAACAGAUGCAAGUCAAGUUGAUUGAGUCUAUGAACGGUAACAAACCUCCACGGUACGUCAAACUUAAAAUAAACAAACCCGUUGGUGGCGUGAAGCAGUUUGACCCCAAUUUGAGCAACACACAGGCUUGCGAAUGUGACCCUACAACAGCCUAUCCUUGUGGGCCCGACAGCUACUGCCUCAACAGAAUAUUAAUGACGGAAUGUAAUCCGGAGAUUUGUCCAGCUGGGGAGAGAUGUUGCAACCAACGCUUCGACAAAAGGGAAUACCCACCAUUGGUUCCAUGUAAAACGAAAGAACGAGGUUGGGGAUUAAAGUCGCUUUCCCCCAUAAGAAAGGGGCAGUUCGUAAUUGAAUAUGUGGGGGAGAUUAUCGAUGAUGCCGAAUACCAGAGGCGGAUUAAGAAGAUGCACGAGUGUCACGAGGAAAAUUACUAUUUCCUCACCAUCGAUAAAGAUCGAAUGUUGGAUGCUGGCCCGAAAGGAAACGUUGCGAGGUUUAUGAACCAUUCUUGUCAGCCGAAUUGUGAGACGCAGAAGUGGACGGUGAAAGGUGACAUGAGGGUUGGAUUGUUCGCCCUUUAUGACAUACCUGCAGAGACUGAACUCACGUUUAACUACAAUUUGGAGUGCGUGGGCAAGGAAAAAAAAGUCUGUAGAUGUGGUGCGCCCAAUUGCACCGGAUUUAUAGGAGGCAAAGUCAAUAAGGCGGACAAUGUCAACACUAAGCCAAAGAAAAAAAUAAAAAAUAAAAAGAAAAAUAAACCGGAGACCGUCCCCCAGGUGCCUCCAUGUUUCAUUUGCGGGCAAAGUGGAGCAGUGGAAGCGUGCAACAAUAAAAACUGUACAAAGACAUAUCAUCUUAACUGUUUGAAUUUAGAUAAGUGGCCAGAAGGUAACAAGUUCAUAUGUCCGUGGCAUAAUUGCAACGAGUGUUCGAAGAGGACGAUACGUUGCUGCAUAAAAUGCACAAACUCGUAUUGUCCGCAGCAUUCAGAGGGUAACAUUAGGCAUGACAGGCAAUUGGGAUUCGUUUGUUCACAACAUGAACCCAGCUCCACAUCCACCAGAGAACCACAGCCCGGCCCUUCGAAGGUAAAAGAGGCAUCGUCGACCGGCGAAUCGACUUCAACGUCAGAAGACGAGGCUCAACCGGAUAAUGAGGAUGACAAAAACAAACCUGGAACUAGUAAGAUUAAACUCGAAAAUAAAAUCUCAACUUCUGGCUCGUCCUCCAGUGAAGAGGCACCUUCAACAAGUAAAAAAAGGCUGAGGAACAGACGAAGCAGUGGGGAAAUAUCAAUUUUGAACAGAAGCUCAAAACGGACCAAAACUAAUAUUACCCAAAGUGAUAAUGACCCAAGGUCUAGCUUAUCACCUGCAAAGAAAACGCAUGAGAACCGCGAUACCAAAUAGACUUUGAAAGUUUUUAAAUUUCCAAUAUACAUCUGCGUAUUUUUAUUCCGAAUCGAUUUCAUACUAAUGUAGUUAUGUAAAUAAGCGUGUUUGUGGAGUUUUUACUUGAGUCGCAUUGAGAAUGUAAUAUUUCUAUACUUUGAAGACUGAAAUACUUAUACAAUCAGAGUUUAUUUAAAAAAAAUAGUGUUUUAAUUUUAUCUGGUCUAGUUGUAUGUUUAUAUUUUUCUGUUACUAAGUAUUUGUACAAGACGUAAAACAAUCUGUACGUUUUUUUUAUACUGUGCGUUAGUUUUUUUUGUUUAUAAUUGUAAUUUAAAUAUUGUACAAAUAGAUAACAUUUUUCAUUUUGUUAAUAAAAUUUAUGUUUAUAGUUUUAUGAAUAUUUUUUUAUUUUGUAUAGUUAGAAUAUUAUUUCAUUUAUGAGUAUUUAUUUAUUUUAGUAAACUUUAAAUAAAUUUUAUAUGCA